GCGCAUGCUCGCAGACAAGUUCUCAUUUAGUGACGAASAGUUGAAGUGCAUUUUGAAGGUUUUUCCACGCUAAAAUGGUGGAUUACAGUCGUUGGGACCACAUUGAGGUCAGUGAUGACGAAGAUGACACUCACCCCAACAUUGACACACCCAGUUUGUUCCGAUGGCGUCACCAAGCCAGGGUUGAAAGAAUGGAAGAGUCUAAGAAAAAGAGAGAUGCACUUGAAGCCAAAAUGAAGCAGAAAAGACAAGAACUAGAAAACCUAAGGGAAAAGCUAAAAAACACAGAUAUCAAUAAAGAUAAUGUAGCAAUGCAGUUGAAAAAAGCUGAAGAAGAGAUGAAAGCUUUUAAGAAAGAAGAUGAACAGCUAUCAAAAAAUGAAAAGGUAAAAAUUAUUAAAACAAAGACAUUUGACACGGAGUGCUGUUACUCAAAGCAAAGGUACAGCAAUAUGGUUCUUUCUAAACUGUGUCCUUUAAGAUGUGUAUUUAUUAUUAACAAACCAAAACCUAGUGAUGGAAAUAAAGAACUUACGCCAGAAGAGCAAGAGGAAAGAAGUAAAGAGUUCAUGGACAAAUACGAGAAUGAAAUCAAGCAUUUUGGGAUGCUUCAUGACUAUGGAGAUAGUCGGGACUAUUUGAUAAAACAUCCUCACUUGACGUGUGACGACACCGCCAACUACUUGGCACUAUGGUGCAUUAAUCUACAAGUACAAGAGAAAGAGGCAUUGAUGGAGAGAGUUGCACAUCAAUGUAUCAUAAUCCAGUACAUCUUGGAACUCGCAAAACAGCUCCAUUCAGAUCCUAAAGCAACUGUCCCGUCCUUUUUUACAAAUACAAGACUUCUUGUACUGAAAGAGUUCAUGGACAAAUACGAGAAUGAAAUCAAGCAUUUUGGGAUGCUUCAUGACUAUGGUGAUAGUCGGGACUAUUUGAUAAAACAUCCUCACUUGACGUGUGAUGACACAGCCAACUACUUGGCACUAUGGUGCAUUAAUCUACAAGUACAAGAGAAAGAGGCAUUGAUGGAGAGAGUUGCACAUCAAUGUAUCAUAAUCCAGUACAUCUUGGAACUCGCAAAACAGCUCCAUUCAGAUCCCAAAGCAACCGUCCCGUCCUUUUUUACAAAAAUUGUCCGAGCCAAGUCUGACUUCCCAGAGUACAUGGAGGCAUUCAAUGAUGAGCUUACGUCGUUUAAGAAAAGAGUGAAAGAACGAGCAGAGGCUCGCAUAGAGAAAGCAAUGAAGGAAGCAGAAGAGGAGGAAAGACAAGCAAGACUUGGUCCAGGUGGACUGGAUCCAGUAGAGGUGUUUGAAUCUCUGCCUAAGGAACUCCAAGAAUGCUUCGAGAAAAAAGAUAUCCCAAUGCUCCAAGAAGCUCUGGGUAAAAUGCCUGAGGCGGAAGCACGGGAAUGGCUCAAAAAGUGUGUGGACUCUGGACUGUGGAUUCCUAAUGCUGAAGAUGCCAAGAAGGAAAARGARACAGAAACWUACGAAGAAGUAAAASAGCCAUCGUCRUAAUAUUUGCUAAGCUUCGUCUUUUAAGCAAAAUAUUCCUUUUUGGUCUUAAAAAUUCAAUAUAAAUGCUAUGGUAUGCUUCAGUGGUCUCGGUAUAAUAGAGUGCGCGCCACAUAAGCAUGAAACAAUUCUUAAGUAAUUAGCGCCUAAUAAGAUUUAGUUAUCAACUAACUAAGAAUUUAGUUAAGCGUGAACAAAGACAAUUUCCUUUUCUGGCAUUGUGUUCAUGAACUGGUGAAUUCUUAGUUGAUAACUAAAUCCUAUUAGAUAUUGAUUGUUAAGAAUUGUUUCACGCUUAUUUGGCGUGCACUCUAUUAGAUWCAUUAUAGAGACACCAGUUCCUUGAAGAUGUAUUAGACUUUAUGUUAAUUCCUUAAACCAUGUGGGAUAAGCACGGACUUUAUAUAAGAGCAUGCGCUAUAAGUACAUGAGUGGAUAGCAUUGCUGUCUCUGGCAAUAGGCCAUUUUCAUGAUGGCGUAACUUUACUACAACUACCAGAGAGCCUUGCGCAUUUUUAUUGUUAUUCAGAUUUUUAAUCCCCUUGGAGAUUAAUAAAACAAUCGGCACUAAUUGUAUUACAAAAGAAAGUUGGCAAAGCAUUCUGGUAGUUGUAGUUAAUGCCGCCAUAAUACAAAUCGGCUAUUUCAAKUCGCCUUUGCAGUAUGUCAUUAUUGCGCAUGGUCUUGCAGGUAACGCUCGCUUUGCAUGCUAGUUCUAUAAUAUUGGAAUGGACUGUCAUUAUCUUUCCACGAGCAUUCGUUUCUUUUGGUCAGCGCCCAAGAGAAAUGAACUCAGGCUUGGUGUAAAAGUAUCUCCUGAAUCGAAAGACAGUAAAGUAUCUUCUGAAAUAAAAAGUAGAAAUUGAUUUUAAAAGGCAUUAGAACCACCUAAAAACAAGCGAUCUGAAGAUUGAAUAAAACGACCAGUGUUCCGACACUUCAUUGAAGUUAGCUAUUGUUCAACUCUGACUCGUCGCCAGUCUUCUCGCGCGCCAAUUCUUCAAGAGACGACUCGGGACUUGGAAUUCAACGAGGAUUCAGCAUCGCUGCAUGUUCCAAGAUACAUUGUAGCGAUUAACGAAGGAUGGAUACAGUUAUCCAUUCCAUAUAAUAGAUUUUGUAUUGGUUUCACCUGAUGUAAGACGAUUUAUCCGAUGGAUGCAGUCAGUAUUAGUUUUUUUACAGCAGGACUGGUGCUUACCUUUGAAUGGCAAAAAUUUACAAAAUAAAAAAUAUUAAAUAAUGUGAGUUCUCAAAA